UCUCAAGCGAUAGCCAUGUCUACCGAUGUUACCAGUGCCAGUUCAAAGGGCAAUCUUCAGACAAGAUAUCAAGUUGUGGUUGCCGCUACUAGUGACAUGGGCAUUGGGAAGGACGGGGUACUGCCAUGGAAACUGCCGAGUGACCUAAAGUUUUUUAAGGACAUUACAAUGACUACUUCAAAUCCUUCAAAGAAAAACGCUGUUGUAAUGGGAAGGAAAACAUGGGAAAGCAUACGGCCCAUUCAGUUUAGACCUCUCCCUGGUCGUCUGAAUAUAAUAUUGACUCGUUCUGGGAGUUUUGAUUUUGCAACUGCAGAAAAUGUUGUUACCUGUGGAAGUUUGGAUUCUGCCUUAGAAUUGCUAUCAACAACUCCGUACUGUUCAACAGUCGAGAAGAUUUUUGUAAUAGGGGGUGGCGAGGUUCUGAGGCAAUCUCUAAAUGCGCCUGCUUGUGAGGCCAUUCAUCUUACCGACAUAGAGUCCAGCAUUCAAUGUGAUACUUUCAUUCCUCCAAUUGAUCUCUCUGUAUUCCACCCAUGGUAUUCAUCGUAUCCAGUGGUUGAAAACAGCAUUAGACAUUCGUUCAUUACCUUUGUUCGUGUUACAAAAUCAAUUGCAGAAGCUAAUGAUUCAAGUGGCAAGGAAUUGACUGGAAAUGAUUCUAAGAAGAAUAAGUUUGAAAUUGAGAAUUUUUCAUUUUUACCUAAAGUGAUAUUUCAAAGGCAUGAGGAGUAUCAAUAUCUCAAUCUUGUUCAAGAUAUAAUAAGAAAUGGUGCCAAGAAAAAUGACAGAACAGGGACAGGGACAACAUCAAAAUUUGGUUGCCAGCUAUAUGUAUUUUUUUUUCCUUAUCACAUGCGGUUCAACUUAAGGAGGAGCUUUCCAUUGCUCACAACAAAGAGGGUAUUUUGGCGUGGUGUUCUUGAAGAGCUAUUGUGGUUCAUCAGUGGCUCAACAAAUGCAAAGGUUUUACGGGAGAAAGGUAUUCACAUAUGGGAUGGCAAUGCUUCAAGGCAGUAUCUUGACAGUAUUGGUUUAUCACAAAGGGAAGAGGGAGACUUGGGACCAGUUUAUGGAUUUCAGUGGAGACAUUUUGGUGCUGAAUAUAUUGACAUGCAUGCUGACUACACGGGAAAAGGUUUUGAUCAGUUAAUGGACGUCAUUAACAAGAUCAAGAACAAUCCCGAUGUUAUAAGAAUCAUUUUAUCUGCAUGGAAUCCAACAGAUCUGAACAAGAUGGCGCUGUCACCAUGCCACAUGUUUGCACAGUUUUAUGUUGAGAAUGGGGAGUUAUGCCAGAUGUAUCAACGCUCUGCUGACAUGGGGCUUGGUGUACCAUUCAACAUCGCAUCAUAUUCUCUUUUGACCUGUAUGAUUGCACAAGUGUGUGAUCUUUCUCCUGGAGAUUUUGUCCAUGUUAGAGGCGAUGCUCAUCUUUACCGUACACAUGUUCAAGCAUUAGAAGAACAAAUGCCGAAGCAGCCUAAACCGUUCCCUAUUUUGAAGAUAAAUCCUCUGAAGAAAGAUAUUGAUUCAUUUGUCACAUCAGACUUCAAACUGGUUAGCUAUGACCCUCACCAGAAGAUAGAAAUGAAGAUGGCAGUCUGA